GACCGGUUAGUGACACAGACUGAACAAGACAGUUAGAGACAGUCGCAUACUGACAAGGGCCACUACGGGCAUUUGAGAAAUUUAUUCCCUCAAAUCAGGAUGGAAAAUACAACAGAAAAAGUCAGUGAACUUUCACUUAACCAAGUAUCAUCUCAGAGUGACAAGAAUCUCAUACAGUUAUCCGACGAGAUCAGACUUAGUCUGAAGAGACCCUCGCUGAACGUGUGGAAUAUACAGGACAAACAGAUGCUUGAUCUCCUGGAACACAUGUUUCAUGACCUGGGCCUGGUGACAGAAUUCAAGAUGGAUGACAAGAUCCUUGAAAACUUCCUGUGCCGCGUUCAAAAUAAUUAUAGAGCAAAUCCUUUCCACAACUUCAGACACGGCUUCUGUGUCACUCAGAUGAUGUACAGCGUUAUCUGCGCAUGUCGGCUGCAGGACAGGCUGCCUCCUGCAGAUAUUGUAGGCCUCAUUGUAGCUUCUCUGUGCCACGACCUGGAUCAUCCUGGCCUUAACAAUGCAUAUCAGGUUAAUGCCGGCACUGAACUGGCCGCUCGUUAUAAGAACAAAUCGCCUCUGGAGAACCAUCACUGGGCAGUCACCCAACAGAUACUGAGCCACCCACAGUCCAACAUAUUCUGCAACACGGACCCAGGGGACGCCACGCACAUGCAGGAGGAAAUUAAGGAGUUAAUCCUAGCGACAGACAUGAUCAAUCACGGCCACGUCCUGCGAUGCCUGCAGGAAAUACAUGGCAUGGAUCCUUCCGACAGAAAACACGUGAGCGUGCUGAAGAAAGGACUCAUUAAGUUCUGCGACAUCUCCAACGAGGUUCGGCCUGCGGAGCAAGCGGAGAUCUGGGCGGACGCAUUAUUAGAAGAAUACUUCCUGCAGAGCGACCGCGAGAAGGCAGAGGGUCUCCCCGUCACCCCAUACAUGGACCGGGACACGGUGACAAAAGCCACCGCUCAGAGCUCCUUCAUCGACUCCCUGCUUCUUCCACUGUGUGAGGCUCUGGGCAAGAUUUUACCCCAGAUGAACAACCUGGCGCUCAAACCCUUGGCAGAAGCUAAACGGCGCUAUCAGCGUCAGAUGGAAAAGACUCAUCGGACAGACUUGCCAAUUUAUUCCCCAUCUGUGUGAAGACCAGGCGAUCCAC